CUGCAUCGUCUGAGGAAUUGUCUGAGGAAGUUCAACGGAGAGGAGCAGAAAUUGCAAGCAUGUAUAAAGCACAGCUGAAAGAGAGGAUGGCCCAAAAGAGAAAGGAAGAGAUUCUGAAGAAAAUGGCAAACAACGAUGACAAGAACGAUGACACUGAGGCCUCCUGCUCCUCUGCAGUAAAACGAUCUAAUACCCCUGCCACAGCCCCCGAGCGCCCGGCCAGCCCAGAGGCCACGCCAGUGGCCGCCCGAGAAGACACUCAGGGGGACACCCAGCAGGACCUGGCAGAGGUUGUGAAUGUGCUCAAGAGGCAAUCAUCUGAUCUAUACCUGCCUGACGACGUUUGUGAGGAGUCACUCACAUGGAAAUCCAUUUACGAGGAGCUGUGCCCGCUCGCUCACAGAGUGAACACAGAAGCUGACUACAUCAAGGCGCUUCGCGUCAUCACUGAGAAUGCUGUGACUCCCUCGUGCUCGUCUGAGGAUGAUGUGUCUCAGAGUGUGAGUGAGGACACAAGUCAGGAGGGGAGUAGUAAAAGUGAGGAGAGCAUGAGUGGACAACAGCAGAAAUGUCUACACAGGGAUCCUUAUGGUAAGAGGGACAGGAAGGAGAUUGAUAGUGGUAAAAUGGAAGGGAGAUUUGCAACCGCCAAUGCAAUGUGUAUGAUGGCGAGCCGAGGGAUAGAAGAACUUAAUGCCAUGAGCUACGCAGACAGGAUCAAAUAUUUCAAGUAUGAGGCUAAGAGAAAUGAAGAGAUGAAGAUUGAAAGGAGGAAGGAAAAAGCCAGGGACGAAGAGCUCAAAAAGUGGGAAAAGAGACAGAAGAAAUUGAAUGAGGAGGAAAGGAAAAGGACAGAAAAUAUGGAAAAAAACAAGUUAGAGGAGCAGAGGAAAAGGGAGAAGGCAGAGAUGAAACUAAAGAUCGAACAUGAGAAAAAGAGACAAGAGCAAGAGAAAAAGAUGGAGAAACAGAGGGCAGAGGAAGAGAAAAAGAUGGAGAAACAGAGGGCAGAGAAGUUGAAAAAGAUGGAGAAACAGAGGAUGGAGGAGGAGAGGGACAGGGAAAAGGAGAGAAUGAAGGUGUUGGAGAUGCAGCAAAAGGCACGAGAGAAAGAAGAGAAGAGGAGGAAAGAGGAACAGAAAAGGAGAUUGAAGAUACAACAGGAACAAGAGAAGGAGGAACAGAAAAGGCAGACAAGGAUACGGGACGAGGAUAAGAAGAGAGCAGAGUUUCAAAGAAUAAAAGAUCACGAGGCCAGGUUCAAGAUGGAGAUGGAGAAACUGUAUGAGAGAGAAGAGAGGAAUGCACAGAUUGAAAGAGAAAAGAGGCGUGCGCUGUGUCAGAAAAAAGGACAGACACAGAGAGCAAAACAGGUGGUGGCAUACGAGGUCACAGCGUCUACAUCUGACGCCUCUGUGCGGAGGGAAGAGAGAGAGCAGCGUCCAGAGACCGCUCACGCACAGUCUGCAAAGAGGAGAACAAGGAAGAAGCAGAAGAAAGCGGCGGACGAGGCAUCGACAACUUUUCAGUAG